CCGCAUCAGGAGGGGGAUCAGGACCCGCAUCAGGAGGGGGAUCAGGACCCGCAUCAGGAGGGGGAUCAGGACCCGCAUCAGGAGGGGGAUCAGGACCCGCAUCAGGAGGGGGAUCAGGACCCGCAUCAGGAGGGGGAUCAGGACCCGCAUCAGGAGGGGGAUCAGGACCCGCAUCAGGAGGGGGAUCAGGACCCGCAUCAGGAGGGGGAUCAGGAC